CUCUCCUCCUCCCACUCCAUCACCAGCACUGCAACGACAACACCACUUGGCUGCCUUGUCCGCUCACGCCAUAUUUAAAAAGCAAUAACUGCACCCGCAGUCUUGCCAACACACCGCCGUCACACGCACUCACUCAACACCAUCACAAUGGAGGCCGCACAUCGAGCAAUCAUUGAUCCUCUGAUCGAGCCGGACCCAAGCGACGUAACUGGACUCAACAGCCACUUUCGCUCAACUUUCGCUCCCGCUGCCCCAAUCACACCGCCUGGAUCCGCUGAAUUGCCCAAGGAGCACCCCUCUGUCAGCAUCCAGCACACUGGCAGUUCAACCAGCACAAACCCGUUUCGUCGCUCUAGGGCUGCGUCAGACACCAAGGGCGCAUCUGCCUCAGUGACAAACUAUGCACACUCUUCCUCAUACAACAGGAGGAACGACUAUCCCUCCCCACCCAGCUCCGCCAGCCCCAAGCAUACCCGGUUCCCCAACAAUCACCGUGCCGAAGCCUUCGGGUCCAUGAAUGAGGCCAAGCCACGACGUGCCAGCAACCCCCCACCAUCCACGCUCAACAACGGCCUCUCCCGCGGGAACUCUCUGAAAGAGCGCUACCCAGGCGACAAGUCUCACCGGCCACUCGACCAGCUGCGCCAUGAUGAGAAGGUUGCUCACCGUGCUCCACACUUGAGGAAAAAGAACAUGCAGGGCGCAGAUAUUAUUGACCGCCUCGACAAGGCAAGCAUCCUCCGUUACCACCACGAGGGCCCAUACGAUGCCGCAAGCAUUGCCCGCAACAGAGUUGAAAAGUACAGUCCCCUUGCGGCCGUCAAGGACUCAAACGAGGAGGCACUGAAAGCUACUCCCCGCGAGAACAUUAUCGACUCGCUCCAGAGACACCGUCCUCUCGAGGGGGUGGCCAACAUCCCACCCGGCAUGCCGGAUCGUUUCGGAAGAGUUCUCGAAUACGAAGAGGGAGCCGACCUGCAGCGUGAGCCCGGAGGUGAUUACCGCCGCUGGCCCGGUGUCCAAUACCACCCUGACGACCUGAAGGGCAAGGGUGAGCCGUCGUUCACAAUUGAGAGAGCUCUCAAGGAACACAAGCGUACCGGCGACACCGGCACAGAAAUGAAGACGCGCAGCCGUCGUGCCCAUAGUGCUGGCCACACUGACGCGUACGGCACCACCAGCAACGAUCAUGCCGAGAAAAGCAUGGGGAGUGCAAUCAAGAGACGCAUUGGUAGUCUCCGUCGCCGCAAGCAGGACCCAGAGGUGUAGAAUGCCCCACUGUUUCCACGUUCCAGGCGGUUUGACCAGAUUCCCCAAGCCCACGCUACCCAUUGAAUGAGCGGUUUGUCCACCAAAAAAAGAAAUUGUACCAAAAUUUUUAUACGAAGCUAGGAAGGAUUACCAGGAUUUUCUUUUGUUUCUCUUGAGUCUCUCUCCAUCUCAUCCUUGUCCAGUAUCGAUCAUCUAUCAGCGACAACAAGAUACCUACAAGCAUGCCUGUACACGUUUUUUUCUUUCCUUUAUUUAUACUCGAGUUCUGUUUUGUUGUUAUUGGCGCAAUCUUGGGUGAUGCAAACGAACGACCCUGGACUGCUUUGAGAGGUCGGGCGUCGCAACAACCCCUCCCCAUUGUACGAUAAUGUGUAGAAAGAAAAGGCAUUCCAGACUGGAAACGAAUUGACGCAAGCAUGCAUAUCAUUUUUUUGCUUUGAAAUUGUUGUUAGACAUUAGAUACUUGAAUCGUACAGGUGUAUGU